AUAUUUUCACCAUCAUCAUUAUCAUCACCAUCCCCAUCACAACCAGAACCCAUCUAAUCCCCCUAUUUUCUUUUUAGCGAAAGGAAUCGCGUUAUUUCUUACCAGUGCUCAUUGCCGUCCCUUCAGUCAGAGUCAUUGUUAUGGCAAUAUGACGGCAACGGUUCGCUUGCUCCAACACAAAGAUGCAGACUUGUUUUUAGGUAUACAAUCGGUAGGAUGAUAAACGCAAAGUAUCGGAGAUGAUCUGAUGAAACGCACAAGUGGGAUAUGAAAAUUGGUUGGAGCCACGGAAUCUUUGAGAGUCUUGCAGCGGCCAUUUUGUAAUCGGACUCAGGAGGAUUUCUGUUUCAAUCUUGGUGUGAAGUUUAACAGGUGUUUUGGUUAAAUAUCGUUUCGCAUCGUGUUAAAUGGACCCUUGAAAGGAUUCGCAUUUUUGCCAAGUGACUUUUGAAGGAAUCAUCUUGGCACACAUAUUUUCUUCUUGUAAUGAUUAUUUCAUCAGCCAUCUAGAAAUGAUAGCGUCUUUUGAAAUAAAGCAUCAUCUAACCUAUGUCGGAUACUAAAGACAUAACCAAAAAAAAGGAAAUAUCGUGCUCUGAAUUCUUAAUUUAAACGAUCAUUUUUAUAGACAUUGCGAGAUAUAAAGUGUUUUAUGCUGCUUCGAAAUUAAUUCUGGGUCUUGGUUUUACAUUAUUCAACCAAUAAGAUUGCAACAGACAGACUUGCUUCUGCACAAGAUAAUAGAAUAUUAAAGAGCAAAUGAAUAAUUGAUCAGUUUCUUACAAUCAGCUGGGUAUCCUGAUAAUGUAUUCUCCACCUUAGUUUAAAUCUUACACUUGUAAUUUAACCAUCUCAGUCGCCAUUAUAAAGGAUUCUUUCUCAUCCUCAUCUUCUAUCGUAAGGAUCUCUGAGGAAAGCACCAGGCAAAAGAGUGUUUUUACAGGAAAGUGAUUUCACGGUGGAUGUUGUGAAUUAAUUCACCAUCUCUUCCUCUGCAGUUUAGAAGCAGGUGAAUUGUAUUCUAUCUGUAUUUAUCUGGAUGCAUUCUUGGUUGCAGGUGGAUGCAUGCCAUGGAGUGAUGGAGAUCUACGUGCAACCUGUUUUAAUUCACCUGCCUAGCAACGCUCUCCAUCAUCGCCUUGUAUCGAUGUUCUAAUCCGUUAAAAUGAGAAUAAAGACAAAUCGGCUAUUUUCUUUUGGUGACAGUUGAUGAGAACUAUCUUUAGACUUGCAAUUGACACUUGCUGAUACCUUGCUGUUAGAAAUCAGAAAAGGGCAGCGUCGUCAUUGCUAUAUGAUGCAUUUUUCUCGAUAUUAUUCUUCAAGUGGAUCAAGUUUGAAAGGACAUCUUAAAAAAAGAACUAUAAAUGGAUGUCUGUCUCUUUACAAAUGAAUUCCGUGCUUCCUUUUCAACGUACUUUUUCAAUUGAAUUUGGCAAUUAAACUAUUUCGAAAAAUGUUCAAGGGUGUUUGCUGGACAAGGCUUGUCCAUCAGUGAAUCGAAAUGUGGGUAAAUUUUCUAACAUUUCAGAGACACAGUACGCAAUAGUCAAUAGCUGUCAAUCUGGUUCUCAAGCUUAAAGACAUUAUGCUUCUUCUAUAGCUAAAAUCACACUGAUCGAAAAUCUAAUGUCUAAAAGUAAAAGGACUGCACGUCGAUAAGACUGAUGUAAUCUUGCAAUAACCCUGAAUACGUAACAUCUGCAAGACAAGUGAUUAAUAAAAUAUAGUCGCCAUCAUUUUGUAUUCUUUGGACGGGAAGAUGCUAGCGGGAGUGUAUCACCAAUAAUAUUCAUCUGGAUUGGAACUGAGCAAGAAAAAUUAUGGAGAAAGGAAACGAUGAUGAUAAAGACCAGGCUGAUGAUGGGAAUGUUCAAAAUUUCUCAAGUCAGCAAGAGUUGGUCCCUAAUGAACAUGAUAGAGGAGGAGGAGGAGGAGGAGAGAGUGAUUAUUCUGAUAUGGAUGGUGGUCACGAAGAAGGUACAGCUGAUGGAGAAGAUGAUGAUGAGAGGAGUAGAAGAACAAGCGCCAUGGGAAGGAUUGUUGGAACAUUACAGGUAAUUAAAGGUUGGGUGACCCGAGGCGGAGGCGAGGAGCCUACGAGGAGGGCUGAUUCCUUUCUUGAGAGGUUUGCUUUAGGUGGUCCUCAGAUGGAAGAAGGUCAUCACAUCUCAGGAGGAGAUGCUUCAGGUGCUGGGUAGGUAACCAAUCAUCUUAAAUCAUUAGGAACUACCUGUUCAUGUAUAAUUAAAUGUUUUGAUCUCAACACACUACAAAAUUUACCUUACAUUUUUCGGCUAUCCACUGCACAAUUUGAGCAAUAUGAACCGGUGUUUCAUAAAGUUGUUCGAAAGUUACAGCGAGUGUUGGGCCUUUCCUGUGGGAAACGAUAUACAUCAGACAAGUGGCGUACAAAUGGGAUGUGGGGCUUGGGGUGCUUGCCCCCCUCCAAUUUUUCACGACCAAGACA